CGUCAGAACGCUGGAGAAUACGGAGCUUCUGGUCGAGGCGGUCCGGAGUCCCCAAACAGUGCCGCAAUGGCCACGUUGAACAUCCUGAACAAUCCGAAUGUGGUCGCCGCAAUUGUCAGUGCAGCAGCAGGUGCAGCCAGCAAUCAGCCCGCCUAUAGCAAUGUUGGGGUAAGCCAGUGCCAUUGA